AAUGUAACUGCUUGAUGUGCAUUUUGUUGUGUUACACAAAUUCUUGUUGUAUGUUCAGCUGAUAUUUAUUUCAGCCUUGUUAUUUCACAUUACAUCCCAGCCAGCACCGCACUGCCCUCCCCUCCACUGCUGUGUCAUAUCAUAUAAUCCUGUGUGAUGUAACAGGGUUGGCAAAAGAUCCGACUUACAUAAAAGGAGCUUGUCUCCUCCCAUCUGUGUCCACAUAGUUUUUAUUGCUCUUGACAAUUUUUUCAUACACUCUUCUUCUUCAUCUGAUCAAGGGUGCAGCCUCAUAUUUCUCUACAGGAUGUCUAGCAAAAAGCCUCAAACAAUUGCUGCUGCUCAGAAAACAUACUUCACAAAAGUGCAUGGGCUGCCAAACAUCACCCCCUUGGUAAGUUCGGUACAGGAGACACCUGAGCCCAUCCCCACCACAGUUAAAGGCACCAUCCCAACCUGGAUCCAUGGGAGUCUGCUGCGGAAUGGUCCAGGAAAGUUUGAGUUUGGGAAUCAGCACUAUAACCACUGGUUUGAUGGCAUGGCCUUGAUGCAUCGCUUUCAGAUUGAGGACGGUCAGGUGACAUACAGAAGCCGUUUUUUGUGCAGCGACUCGUAUACGCAGAACAGCGAGAGGAACCGCAUCAUAGUAUCAGAGUUUGGCACUUUGGCUCUACCUGAUCCCUGCAAGAACUUCUUUCAGCGCUUCCUGUCCAGAUUUGAGAUGCCAAAGCCAACAGAUAAUGCCAGUGUCAACUUUGUUAAAUACAAGGGUGACUAUUACGUCAGCACAGAGACAAACUGCAUGCACAGAGUGGAUCCAGAUACCUUGGAGUCCAAACAGAAGGUGGACUGGAGCAAGUUCAUUGCUGUGAACGGUGCUACUGCACAUCCACACUUUGAUCCAGAUGGCACAGCUUACAACAUGGGCAACUCAUACAGGAACAAAGGGGCUUUCUAUAACAUCAUCAGGGUGCCACCAGAAAGAGACGGCCCAGAAGAUACUCUAGAGGGAGCCAAAAUAUUAUGCUCAAUUGCCCCUCGUGACAAAUCCAAACCCUCCUAUUACCACAGCUUUGGCAUGUCAGAGAACUAUGUAGUGUUCAUCGAGCAGCCCAUUAAGAUGGAUCUGUUUAAGAUAGUGACUGGUAGACUAAGGGGGAAAUCGCUAAAUGAGGGUGUUUACUGGGACCCCAACCAGGAAACCAUAUUCCACCUUAUUGACAAACAAACUGGAAAGGAGAUGCCAGUGAAGUACUACACCAAGGCCUUGUCCACCUUCCAUCAGAUCAAUGCUUUUGAGCAGGAUGGAUUCCUCAUGCUAGACAUGUGCUGCUCUGAUGACGGCCAGUCCAUAAACAACUUCCUCAUCCAGAACCUACGUCAAUCAGGAGAGGCAUUGGAUGAGAUGUAUAACACCAUGAGCAGGCCGUAUCCCCGUCGUUUUGUGCUGCCUCUCAACAUCACCAGUGAAACCCCACUGGAACAGAAUCUCAACACACGGCCUGACAGCACCGCUACCGCUGUCUGCCAUACCAAAAAUCAGAUAUUUUGCACAUUUGAGGAUCUCCAUGGCGAAGACCUGAAAGACUACGGUGGUUUGGAGUUUCCACAUAUUAACUACGCCAGAUAUAACACCAAACCUUAUAGAUACUACUAUGGUUGUGGCUUCCGUCACCUAGUGGGUGACUCUCUAAUUAAGAUGGAUCUGGAAAGCAAAAAGUUCAAGGUAUGGCGCCAGCCUGAUCUCUACCCAUCAGAGCCUGUCUUCAUUCUUUCACCAAAUGCUGAGGAAGAGGAUGAUGGAGUCAUCCUGUCUGUGAUCAUCACACCAGUUAAGGACAAGAGUACAUUCCUUUUAGUCCUAGAUGCCAAAACAUUUGAAGAGCUAGGAAGAGCCGAAGUGCCUGUCAACAUUCCUUAUGGAUUCCACGGAGUCUUCAACUCCAGUGCAUGAAGCUUUUUGAAUCACUCCAACAAAUGACAAGUAGCUCUUCAAAAUGGUUACCAGUCACCUGCUACUAUUACAAGCAAGAGACUAACAUAACAAUAUUAUUGUGAAAUCGGCCCAAAGAGAUCCUCCACAUAUCAACCUCAUAUUUUUUUAAAAAGAAAAACAAAUACUUUAUAUUUACAGUUAAUUACUAAUUCAUUAGUAAUUACUUUAACAUACAAGUACUGUAGAGUUAUAUUUAGAAUUAAUUAACUGCUUAGCAAUUGACAUUUUUCUACAUCUUUGUGUAAGAGUUUGAUGUACUGAGUUUGAUGUAACAAUAAGAAUAAGAUGGUGAGAUCUGCAAACAUUGUGUUGUUUCUGACUGCCGCAUGUAAUGUAGGCUUUGCAAAGAUGCUUUUAUUUAUGGGAAGAAAAACAGCUUAUUGAAUUCCGUGGGUCAGAAAGAGGAUGGAAAUCGUAAUGUAACACUAAAUUAUGGGGUUUGGUGCUAAACAUUAUGGUGAACCGCAGGGGAACAUUACUU